AUCCGUUUAGUUAGGGUAAAAGUAAAAGAUAUUUUUAUUGAACAUUCGAUCUUAGCCUUGAUGGUUUGUCAUAGUAACACUCUACAACAUGGCCAAAAAGGGUGCUAAAAUGUCGUUAUCUGACAGUCAUAGAAGCCCUAGUUCCAAGACCUAUGUUGAUAAUGAUGAGAAUCGCAGAAUGGGAAGAGUUGGAAUGGUAAAAGGUAGUGCUGUAUAUUCCAGAGCUGAGCAGACUCUGACGGUUAAAAUGGAUCAGUUGAACUUAAGUGGUAGCAGCAAAAAGGUCAAGUCGGGUCAAAGAGCAUCUGCUGGUGCAUCAAUGGGUGCAGUGCCCCGCCCAGCAGGAAGUCGAGACGGUCCCACACAUAGGAGCUCCUCUGGAAAGGUUUACGAAGACAACGACUUCAAUAGAAAACACAACAGAGUCGGUAAACCAAAAGGCAGUGCCCCGGUCUCAAACAACAGUCGAUGAUAGACGCAGUUCAAAUAGAAAAUACAAGAUAAGGCAGUUUCAUCAUAUAAUACAAUAUAAGGCAGUUCAAAAAAGUAAUGCAAUAUAAGACGCGAGUCCUAUGAUGUGUGCCUAAGUAAUUUCCAUUAUACUCCGUCGGGCCAGUGAUCAAAAUGAUUUUUUGUAUCUCUUUUUUUCUUGUUUGGACUUGCAUUGGUAUAGUCAGUGGUGCUCACAUUAUAAUGUUUAACAAGAUAAUAGUCCAUUAUCAUUAAGAUUGACUUUAAAUAAUUUUGUUUAUAUCAGUUUUCGAACUAGUUCAUCACAAGGACUUUAUUUUCAUUUUUAUUAAAUUUGAGAUAAAUGACAACAGUGAGUUUAAAUCAAAAUGUUUUUUUGUUUUUAUCAAAUUUGAGAUAUGUGACUAGACUACUACUCUGGCUGAAGUUUUUCUCGUGAUGAUACCAAUAUACCUGGAUGUUUUUUCUAUGUAGCUAAAUCCUAAAAACACCAACCUGUGUUCCCCAGCCAACGUAAUUAACCUGAUACAAGCAAUUAAUUUAAUUAAGCGACAGUGUAAUUUAAGAUGUCAUAUAUAACAAGCAAGACUUUCUCUAUGUAAAAUGUGGGGGAAAAAAAUCAAACAGCUAAAUCAGAAUUUUAAAAAUGAAAGGCUCUUUAUAAGAAACGAUUGUUAUAAUGUUGUUUUCUGUAUUCUUAUAUAACUAACAUGUGUUCAUAAUAUUGUUUCAUGUUAUACAAACUUGUUGUAUUUCAAAUAUUCAAAUACUAAUCAUAAAAUAAAACGAAAAAGUAUUCAAAUACAAAUCAUAAAAUAAAACGAAUAAAAACAUGU